CUGGACAGAGCAAUUAAAGGGGAAAUGUUGCAAGAAUAUAACUCCGCUUUGGUCCUAAAAUAACAUUUAGGGCAAUUGUAAACACUUAUAUUGCACAAUAUUAGUACAAACGUUGCACAAGUUGCAUAUUCAGUGCUGUUUUAUUGAUACGAACUGUGAUGUUGCACACAUCGCAUGGUGAGGGACAGGAAAGGGUUAAUUUUUUCCGCCGCCGACAUUUUUAUUCGGCGCUCUACGGCAACUUUUUAACUUACAAUGGGCAAAGAACUGACACUAUGUUUCAACAACUGUGGUUCACAUUAGGGCUGUGGCCUGCACAGUGUGUGUUUUUAAUUGUUGCGCAGCUCGCACACUCGGACACUCUCAGGUCUUUGUUCUUAUGCUCAUCACCUCAUGCAUUGAUCAGCGUUUGCAAAGCGAGAGCUAGCAUAGAAACGGAAACUGCAUUUUUUUUUUUUUUUUAGCAAAACAAAAGUGACAGUUACACUUUCAACACAUUGUAAACUGCAGCUAACCGCAGCAGUUGACAACGUGGUGUCCAUUACACCGAACAGUUCACCUGCGGUCGGCGCUGAUAUUGUUGCCUCAGGGUUGAAUGAACUUCGCAGCAUUUUGUCUCUUGAACAUUCCCACUGUGAGCUAACCGAAGCCCCUUCAGCAACUCAACAGCAGUUUGAAUAACAAACCGGGCUUAUAAGCGACCAAUAACUCUGCCAGGUUUAAAAGUGUUUCCCGUUGUCAUGUUAUUCACGUGUUACAUUUAAUCAAACAAAAGCAAACAUGAGAGUCGACAGCAUGCACCAGCUCAUUGUGAAGUGUUGUGUUCCCAGUGGUGUGUAUUGGGGGUCACAGAGAGAUGCUGUUGAAGAGUCUUUGAUGCUUUGCACUUCAGACCCCUAAUAUUUGUUUUCUCACUAAACUGACCAAUUUUAAUAAAUAUUAUACUAAUGCACGUGCAAUCGAUUUUUAUUUUCUUAAUUUGAUCAAAAUCAAUGUAAUUUGAAACCCGAACAGGAAUGCAUCCGGAUAUUGACAUUCAGUACAAUACAAUAGACCUACACAAUUACUACACCUGUGAAUUCUUCAUUUCGUAUUGAGACUCGUCAGAGAGGUGCUGAUUUAAGUGUGGUCGUGUUUCAGGUGUUUGGCUGCUUUGAUACGGUGUUCCUAGUAUAAAGUAUCCUCAAAAUGUGUUACUAAGAAAAUUGAUACACUGCUCAUUCGUUAGUUAAUAAAUUGUUUUAAUUAUAUCCAGCAUCUCAAUUGUCAGGUUUUGCUGCUUUUCUUUGUUUAAUGUAAGUGUAAACUGAAUGAGAACAUCUUUUAGGUUUUGGACUGUUUAUCAGACAAAGCAAGAAAAGUUUAAAGACAUUAAAAAAAUACAUUUAUUAAAUUCUAGCACUAUUUCACUGUUUCACUAUUGUUUGACAUUUUAUAUACUGAAAAUAAAUCAAGAAUGUAAUUGCCAGAUUCAUUAAUAAUCAAGAUAAUUGUUGGUUAUUGUUAGCAGCGCUAAAGACGACUGCAGAGUUAAAUGAAGAGCUCUCUGACGCAGUCUUACGCUAUUAUGAGACACACAAAGGCAUGAUUUAGUUCAGUGAUGUUGCUUCAGACAUUUGCACUUUGUCAUGAUUCACUGGAAUUGAUGCAAAGUGGUGAAGACCCAGACUUUCUUCAGACAUGUCCGUGAGGGAGUCCUUUAACCCGGAAAGCUAUGAGCUGGACAAGAACUUCAGGCUCACACGCUUUGCUGAGCUCAAGGGCACCGGAUGCAAGGUUCCUCAGGAUGUGUUACAGAAGCUGCUAGAAACCCUACAGGAGAACCACUACCAAGAGGAUGAACAGUUCCUGGGGGCAGUUAUGCCCCGAUUAGGCAUAGGAAUGGACACCUGUGUGAUCCCCCUCAGACAUGGAGGCCUUUCUCUGGUCCAGACAACAGAUUACAUCUACCCCAUUGUGGAUGACCCCUACAUGAUGGGAAGAAUAGCUUGUGCCAAUGUUCUAAGUGACCUGUAUGCUAUGGGAGUGACAGAGUGUGACAACAUGUUGAUGCUUCUGGGAGUCAGCAACAAAAUGUCAGAAAAGGAGAGAGACAAAGUCAUGCCACUGGUCAUCCAGGGAUUCAAGGAUGCAUCAGAGGAGGCGGGCACAUCUGUAACAGGAGGACAGACGGUACUCAACCCCUGGGUGGUGAUGGGAGGAGUUGCUACAACAGUCUGCCAACCGAACGAAUUCAUCAUGCCAGACAAUGCAGUGCCAGGAGACGUGUUGGUGUUGACCAAGCCGCUUGGAACACAAGUGGCCGUUGCAGUACAUCAGUGGCUGGAUAUUCCUGAAAAGUGGAACAAGAUCAAGUUGGUGGUUACGCAGGAGGAUGUAGAGCUGGCCUACCAUGAAGCCAUGAUGAACAUGGCUCGGCUCAACAGGACAGCGGCUGGUCUCAUGCACACCUUCAACGCUCACGCAGCCACCGACAUCACAGGGUUCGGCAUCCUAGGCCACGCUCAGACGUUGGCACGGCAACAACGAAGCGAGGUGUCGUUUGUCAUCCACAACCUCCCAGUGCUCGCCAAGAUGGCGGCCGUGUCCAAGGCUUGUGGGAACAUGUUUGGGCUCAUGCACGGCACCUGCCCUGAAACAUCAGGAGGCCUGCUUAUUUGUCUGCCUCGGGAGCAAGCUGCCCGCUUCUGUGCCGAGAUCAAAUCCCCAAAAUACGGCGAGGGCCACCAAGCAUGGAUCAUCGGAAUUGUAGAGAAAGGAAACCGCACUGCUCGCAUCAUUGACAAACCACGGAUCAUAGAGGUGGCACCACAAGUAGCCACGCAGAAUGUCAACCCAACUCCUGGUGCAACUUCCUAAUCCACCUGUGCAUCAUCGACCGGAACCCCGAAGCUCUGCAGAGUGUUUUUAGAUACAUAAACUACAAAACCAUCCUAGAGUGUUGAAAUAUAUACACAAAAUAGUAUGUACACAAAAAAGACUGGGUUGGCGUGUAUCUACAUGAAAAACAGCUCCGCACAGUGGCCCAGGGGGCACGUCAUCACCCAGUGGACUCAGCCUGCAGUACCCCAAUGAUAAACAAACCGGUAAGAAUUAGAGCAUACUUAAAAUCCAUUUGCCUUUCGUGUCUGUUGUAUUCUCUUAUGUUACAUGUGUGUGAUCAGCAGGCAACUUCUGAUAAGAGGGCGAUGGUGAUGAAGACAAUAAUGUGAUACUGUUGAUUCAUUUUGAAUCUUAGGAAGUCUGGUGACUGUUGCCUCUUUGGCUCUUUUUAAAAUGGCUCUCAUCAAGCAGGCGGACCGCAUGAUGGUGUUUUUGUUUGUCUAUUCACUUUGUACAGUUAUAAAGACUAGUUUUAGUUCAUUGCUGUAACUGAUGCCUUGAAAGAAAAAGAGUGACCAGAAUGGUUUGUUUUUUAUUACUUUCUUUUUGUAUUGUCCCCGCCUGAACUAAUAAAUAUUACAAUAGAAAA